AGUGACCUCGUGUUGGAACACGGAAAGCGGUGACUGCUUGUUAAGACGAUACGAUCACUGGAAACUUCACGGGGCAGUUUUGGGGGGUGGUGGAGAUGGCAGCCUGAUCUGAGGGUUUAAGGUGAGGAAGGAGGGACUACAAGAAGAUUCAACUCAGAAUUUUGCUAAAAGGGAAGCAGAGAAAUUCGACAGUAGGGUAGUUGUUUAUGUGGGUUAAGGAACGAUUUUUUUUUUUUUUUUUUAAGAUGGACAAGAUUAGUGGAGUGCUUUCAUUAGCAAACAUGCUAUAGAGAGGGAGAAAGCAAUUCAGGGGAGAAAAUGAUUGGAUAGAAACAAAGUCCUAGAAACUGAGCAGGAUGGAAACCAAAGCACAACUGGAGGUUGGCCCUUGAUAGGCUUCCACUGGACUGUGGAAAGGAAUGUGUUAGAAAGGAACUGCUGUCUAUCAGGACUUCUCCACAGCUCUCGGGUCAUCGCUCCCUGAGAAAACUGAAGUAAUGAAACGGCUCCUCCACCUCCUAACCUCUUACUGUCUUCCCUGUCCGUUAAAAUGGAUGUCCUUCGACUUCAACAUUCAGGACAACUCCCUUAUCAUGGAUCAGGACAGAUUUGCAGUCCAUGCUACUAAGUCAGUUAAUUGCCUCGGCCCCAGAGAGCCUGUAAACAAUGUUUACACAGUACGCUGCAGGAACCUGGGGUUGGAGGGUUUCCAAAAGGUUUCUCCUGACGGAAGGAGGAUGCAGCUAGACGAAGAAGGCCACAGAACAGCCCUCAAGUAUUUUCAGGAUAGCCGAGACCCGGUUUGGCAGAAGCAGAUUUCUGUGGGAGAAUUCUAACAGCAGCACACCAACAGACAAGCCCAAAUUGCUAACCCUUAGUAAAAACUAUGAACUGUUCAUCUAUGAAUUUAACUUGAAAGAUGGAAGGUGCGAUGCAACCAUUUUGUUUAGCUGUAACGAGGAGACAUUACAAAAGCUCAUCGAAGAUCAGAGUAUUAGUAUUUCCUUAUCGUCUUUGAGAAUUCUGUCAUUUUGCAAUAACACAUCAUCAUUGUUCAUCAACAAGCGUAUGGUCCUGCACAUUCUAUUUCCUGAAGGAGAUGCUGAGAUUAGAGUACUCAGCCGUUUCACACUGGCCUUACCUGCACAGGCGGCAGACGGGAUUGUUGACGCACAGCUGUGCAGAGGAGUCCUUUUUGUUUUGAAUAGUUCAGGCUGGAUCUAUAUUUUUGACAUUGUGGAUGGUACACAUGUAGCUCAGGUGGAUUUAGCGCUUCACCAAGAUGAUGUGUGUGAUGAACGGCAGCAGGAGCCAGCCAAGAUGGCUUCCUUCACGUCACUGAAAGUGUCUCAAGACCUAGACGUUGUUGUGAUUGUCAGCUCCUCCUGCGCUGCGAUUGCUCUCAACUUAAAUUUUUAUUUCAGGCAACACCCAGGACACCUACUACGUGAAAGAAGGCUAGAAGGUCGUCCCAUUCAAGGGCCUGAAGGAAUAGAUGAAGAUGACCCUGUUAACUCUGACUACAACAUGGAACUGACCAAGUUUUCCUUCCAGGUUGAUAGGUCUUGGAAAGCUCAGCUAUCAUCACUGAAUGAAACAAUAAAGAGCCCCAAACCAGAGGUUUCCUGUUGUGCUCCAUGGUUCCAGGACCUUUUGCACUUGGAAUCCUCUGCACCUGAUAAACUGGGUACCAACGUGCUGAGUUGGGCCUUCAUGCCACAGGAUGUGUGUGGCCAGUAUAGUUUUCCACAGAGAGAUGAUCGUGCUAAGACCAGUGAUCCAGAAAGUUCCUGGAAGGUAAUGCAUUUCAGUGAAGAAGAGGAACUCACAGAGCUUGAGUGUGUGUCUGUGACAGGAUUCACCGCACUCUUUACUCAGGCAAUGGAAACGACAGGCCAGGCCAUUGUCCUCUGGGAUUUGGAGACCCAGGGCAUACAGUGUUUUUCCCUUGGCAAAAAGUGUAUUCCUGUAGAGAGUAAUGGAGACCAGCAGCUGUGCCUUGUUUUGACAGAAAAUGGACUGUCUCUGAUUUUCUUUGGUUUGACUCAAGAGGAGUUUUUAAAUAGACUAAUGAUCCACGGAAGUGCCAGCACUGUGGACUCUCUCUGUCAUCUCAACGCUUGGGGCAGGUGCUCAAUCCCCAUACAUGCACUAGAGGCUGGGAUAGAAAAUCGUCAGCUGGACACAGUAGAUUUCUUUUUGAAGAGCAAAGAAAACCUUCUGAAUCCGUCCUCAGAUCCUUCUGUGCGUGAUCGGUUUGCUCACUUUCCAUCUGAUUUAUAUUUAAGAAAUGUGGAAGAACUGACACCAGCAUUGGAUUUACUUUGCUCAGCAAUUAGAGAAAGUGAUUCUGAGACCCAAAGCAAACACUUUUCAGAACAAUUGCUUAACCUUACACUUUCUUUCCUUAACAAACAAAUAAAAGAGCUUUUUGUUCACACUGAAGAGCUAGAUGAACAUCUGCAGAAAGGAGUGAACAUUUUGACCAGCUACAUUAAUGAGCUUCGAACCUUCAUGAUAAAGUUUCCUUGGAAGCAAACAGAUGCUUCAGAUGAAUAUGAUGUGAAUGAAAAUGUCCCCAAAGUAAAGGAGAGCGAUAUAUGGGAGAAACUCAGCUUUGAGGAAGUUAUUGCCAGUGCCAUUUUAAACAACAAAAUACCAGAGGCACAAACCUUCCUCAGGAUUAACAGCCAUUCUGCUCAGAGCCUCGAGGAGCUGAUUAAAGUAGGCCUAAAUUUGGUCUUUGACAAUUUAAAAAAGAACCACAUAAAGGAAGCCUCUGAGCUUUUGAAGAAUAUGGGUUUUGAUGUAAAAGACCAGUUGCUCAAGAUAUGCUUCUUUACAACUGAUAAAAACAUACGGGACUUUCUGGUCGAAAUUUUAAAAGAAAAAAAUUAUUUUUCUGAAAAUGAAAAAAGAACUAUAGACUUUGUACAUCAAGUUGAGAAGUUUUACUCAGGACCAUUCCAAGAAAAUACACAGAUCCAGUCCUUUCCCAGGUAUUGGAUAAAGGAGCAAGAUUUUUCCAAGCAGAAAUCUAUUUUGGACUCAGUCCUGAAGUAUCAUAAAGAUGAAUUUAACAAACAGGAACACAGAAUUGUGUUGAAUUGGGCACAGUGGUGGGAUCAGCUAACGCAAGAAUCCAUCCUUCUUCCCAGGAUAAGUACAGAAGACUACAAAUCUUAUUCUCCCGAAGCCCUGUGGAGACAUCUCACAGCCCGCCAUGAUUGGUUAAGCAUUAGCUUGUGGAUCGAAGAAUUUCACACCCAGGAUAGUUAUGCUUCACUUCAGCAGAACAAAUGGCCCCCCCUGACUGUGGACGUUAUUGAUCAGAGUACUUGCUGCAACAGUUACAUGAGGAAUAAAAUUUUAGAUACCCUGGCCAGGAAUGGAAUUUUUCUUCCUUCUGAACUGGGAGACUUUGAACUCUUCCUCCUAAGACUGAGCCGCAUUGGGGGUGUGAUGCAAGAUACCCUCCCUGUUGAAAACUACAGCUCCAAAGAAGGUUGGGAUUUCCAUUCUCACUUCAUUUUCUAUUGUUUGGAACACAGUCUGCAGUAUCUUCUUUAUGUCUACCUCGACUUUUACAAACUUAGUCCUCCAAAUUGUCCCUUUUUGGAAAAAAAAGAAUUCCAUGAAGCUCACCCCUGGUUUGAAUUUUUAGUUCAGUGUCGACAAGUUUCCAGUAACUUAACAGAUUCCAAACUGAUCUUCCAGGCUAGCCUGGCAAAUGCUCAGAUACUGAUUCCUAGCGAUCAGGCCAGUGUCAGCAGUAUGCUGCUGGAAGGACACACCCUCCUGGCCCUUGCGACUACAAUGUAUGCUCCUGGGGGGGUCAGCCAGGUUGUUCAGAAUGAAGAAAAUGAGAACCGUUUGAAGAAAGUGGAUCCCCAGCUCCUGAAGAUGGCAUUGACUCCUUACCCCAAGCUAAAAGCUGCUCUCUUUCCACAGAACACCGUCCCUAGUAUCCUGCCACACGAUAUCACACUCUACCACCUUCUUCAGUCAUUGUCACCCUUUGAUCCUGGCAGAUUGUUUGGCUGGCAGUCUGCCAACACACUGGCUCUAGGAGAUGUAUCAGGUGAUCUUCCACAUUUCUCUAGACCUGAUCUGGUUAAUAAAUACGCUGUAGUGGAACGUCUGAAUUUUGCUUAUUAUUUACAUCAUGGACGACCGUCAUUUGCAUUUGGUGCUUUUCUAGUCCAGGAAUUAAUCAAGAGUAAAACUCCCAAGCAGCUGAUUCAGCGAGUAGGUGAUGAAGCCUAUGUUUUAGGGCUCUCCUCCUUCCACACGCCUUCAGUAGGAGCUGCCUGCAUCUGUUUCUUAGAGUUGCUUGGCCUCGACAGCCUCAAGCUCAGAGUUGAUAUGAAAGUUGCCAAUGUAAUUUUGAGCUACAAGUGUAGAAAUGAAGAUGCUAAGUAUAACCUCGUCAGAGAGUCUCUAGCUGAAAAACUGUCUAAACUGGCUAACGGUGAAAAAGCAGCCACAGAAGAAUUGCUUGUUCUGUUAGAAGAAGGUACAGGGAACAGCACCCAGCAGCAGGAAGUGAAGAGUUCUAAUGGCGGGUUACCCAGUGAGUCCAGCAGCCGGCGGGCAUUGGUGGUACAGUUUUGCAGGCUCCAUGAUGUGAAAAUGAGCACAUCUUACCUCACAGAAUGUGCCAAAGCAAACGACUGGCUGCAGUUCAUUAUUCACAGCCAGCUCCAUAACUACCGUCCAGAGGAGGUGAAAUCCCUUCUCCACUAUUUCAGCCCAGUCCUUCAAGACCACUUAAGACUGGCUUUUGAGAACUUUCCCUCAAUGUCCAACUGCAGAAUGAGUAGUGAUCCAGUCUGCAACAAGGCCCCCCAGCAGCUCCGGAAAAGCAAAGAAGAGAUGACUGAUUUCUUUGAAAUUUUGCUCCAGAGCUCAGAGGAGCCAAACUCCUGGUGCUGGCUCCUGGCUGAAGCAGUGAAACAGCGGGCACCAAUCCUGAGUGUCCUGGCCUCAUGUCUCCAGGAUGCCAGCGCUAUUCCUUGUCUCUGUGUUUGGAUCAUCACGUCUGUAGAGGACAGUGUUGCUGCUGAAGCUGUAGGGCACAUUGAGGACUCAACAGAGGGCCAUACCUGGGGCCUGGAGGACCUCUCAGCCAUCUGGAGAACGUUACUAACAAGGCAGAAGAGCAGAACUCUUAUCAGAGGUUUUCAGCUUUUCUUUAAGGAUUCCCCGUUAUUGUUGGUGAUGGAGGUGUAUGAGCUCUGUAUGUUUUUCAAGAACUAUAAGGAAGCUGAAGCCAAACUUCUGGAGUUCCAGAAGAGCCUUGAAACACUUGAAACGGCAGCCACAAGGGUCCACCCUCUCAUCCCUGCCUCAUGGCUGAAGGAGCAGGUGUGUUUCCUUUUGAAGCUUAUGCUGCAGCAGUGUAGGACCCAGUAUGAACUGGAGAAGCUUUUACGGCUGUUUGUUGGCAUAGAGCAUCUCUUCUCUGGUGGUCCGGAUGUGAAGAAGCUGUGUGCCCUCAGCGAAGUUUUGAAGGGUACAUCCAUAGCCAUCAGUCAUGUCAUUAUUACCAGCUAUAGCGCUGAGAGUUUUUGGCAUGAAUGUAGGUCCAUUUUGGAAAGACUGCAGACAGAGGGGCAGUUUGCUUUGGCCAGGAGAGUAGCAGAAUUAGCUGAGUUACCUGUGGACGGCUUGGUUAUUGAAGAGAUAACUCAGGAGAUGCAGACCCUAAAACACAUCGAACAGUGGUCCCUAAAACAAGCAAGAAUUGACUUCUGGAAAAAAUGCCAUGAGAAUUUUAAGAAAAAUUCCAUUUCAAGCAAAGCAGCUUCAUCCUUUUUCUCCUCCCAGGCCCUCCUGGCAGGCAUGCCUCCAGCUGAGGAGCAGCGGGGCGCCGUCAAGGAGCGCCAUCUGCUGCUCACCCUGGCGGGGCACUGGCUUGCCCAGGACCGCCCGGUGCCUGUGGACGAGCUGGAGGAGCUGGAGAAGCAGAUCUGGCUCUGCCGUGUCACCCAGCACACCCUCGAAGGAAACCAGGGGGAAAUAGAGCCCAGAUUUUCUCGACAGAUCUCAACUAGUGGCCAACUUUCCUUUGAUAGCUUAGCCAGUGAGUUUUCCUUCUCCAAGUUGGCUGCUCUGAACACAUCAAAAUACUUGGAACUUACAGGUCUUCCAUCCAGAGAUUCAUGUGAGAACAGACUGGAUGGGAAGGAGGAGUCGUCACUGAACUUCUUGAUUGGGCGCCUCUUGGAUGAUGGCUGCGUGCAUGAAGCAAGCAGAGUGUGCCGGUACUUUUGUUUCUACAACCGAGAUGUGGUCCUGGUGUUGCACUGCAGGGCGCUGGCCUCAGGGGAAGCUGGUGUGGACGACCUGCACCCCGAGGUCCAGGCUCUCCUACGGCAUGCUGAGCUGCUUGAGGAAGAAGAGGAGUCUGGUGUGCCUCUGAGGAAAGGCCAAAGCACUUCAAGUUUGGAUGCUCAGUCCUUGGUGAUGGCACCCCCCAGCGACAAAGUGUUGGCUGACCUGAAAACUCUGACAAGCAGAUGCCGCCACGGGAAGAACUUCUGCCGGCAGGUCCUCUGUCUCUGUGAACUUGCUCAGGAGCUGGGCUGUUCCUACACAGAUGUCGCCGCCUGGGACGGCGAGGCCGUGCUGCGGGCGACCUUGGCCUCUCAGCAACCUGACCGAUGCAGGCGAGCCCAGGCCUUCAUCAGCACCCAGGGCCUUGAGCCGGACGCUGUGGCUGAACUAGUGGCCGAAGAGGUGACACGGGAGCUGCUGACCCCAUCAGAGGGAGCAGGACAUAAGCUGAUGUUCCACCCUGCAGAGGAAAGCCAGACAUUUCUCCAUCUGACCAUGCUGUGUCAAGACCCCACCUUAGUGGGCAUGAAGUUGUUGGAUAAGAUCUCUUCUGUUCCCCAUGGGGAACUGGCUUGCACCACAGAGCUGCUGAUCCUGGCCCAUCGCUGCUUCACCCUGACAUGCCACAUGGAGGGCAUCACCCGAGUCCUGCAGGCCGCCCGGCUGCUCACAGACCACCACCUGGCCCCCAACGAGGAGUACGGGCUGGUGGUGCGUCUCCUCACGGGCAUUGGAAGGUACAACGAGAUGACAUACAUAUUUGAUUUGCUGCAUAAAAAGCACUACUUCGAGGUGCUGAUGCGGAAGAAGCUGGACCCGAGUGGCACCCUUAAGACGGCCCUGCUGGACUACAUCAAGCGCUGCCGCCCUGGGGACAGUGAGAAGCACAACAUGAUCGCCCUGUGCUUCAGUAUGUGCCGGGAGAUCGGGGAGAACCAUGAGGCGGCUGCCUGCAUCCAGCUGAAGCUGAUUGAGUCUCAGCCCUGGGAGGAGAGCCUCAAGGACGGGCACAAGCUGAAGCAGCUGCUGCUGAGGGCCCUGACACUGAUGCUGGAUGCUGCAGAGAGUUACGCCAAGGACUUCUGCGUGAGACAGGCCCUGCGCUGUCACCGGCUCACCAAGUUGAUCACACUACAAAUUCACUUUCUGAACAUUGGCCAGAACGCAAUGCUUAUCAACCUGGGCCGCCACAGGCUGAUGGACUGUAUCAUGGCCCUCCCUCGGUUCUACCAGGCUUCUAUUGUGGCCCAGGCCUAUGACUUUGUUCCAGAUUGGGUUGAAAUUCUGUACCAACAAGUGAUUCUUAAAGGAGACUUUAAUUACUUGGAAGAAUUUAAGCAGCAAAGGUUAUUAAGAUCCAGCAUAUUUGAAGAGAUCUCAAACAAAUAUAAACAACAUCAGCCUACUGACGUGAUGGUGAAAAACCUGAAGAAGUUACUCACAUACUGUGAAGAUGUCUACCUGUAUUAUAAGCUGGCAUAUGAACACAAGUUCUAUGAUGUUGUCAAUGUGCUUCUGAAGGACCCUCAGACAGGCUGCUGUCUAAAGGACAUGCUAGCAGAAGAGGCCCACAUCUGACUAAGACUGGACAAACGCUGGAAGCCACGGCCCCGGACGCUCUGUUAACCCAGAACUAAAACCAUUCCCGAAGCCUGUUCCUCAAAGAUUACACUGACUUUAAAACAUAAAAUAAUACUCGCGAAGAGUGGUGCUUCUUAAGUUCAAGCAGAUAAAAAAAAAAAAAGCAGAUACAUGAGCCUAAAUGGGCAGCUCCUCUGCAGAGGUGGGAUGGGAAGACAGGAGCUGGCUGGAUGGACACGGAAACCCGGGGUGGGAAUGGGGAGUGUGCUGUCACACUGCAGGGAUUGCAGCAGUGUCACAUGACAAUACGUGCAUAAAAUUUUCUAUGAGAGAUUAACUUGAGCUGUAAACUUUAACAUAAAGCAAUUAAAAAAAAAAAAGGAGCCCACAGGUUUCACAGACUGCCAAAGGUACCCACGACACAAAAGGGGCGCUGCUGUUCAUCAAAGGCUUGCCCAAGCACAGCCCAGAAAGAAGCAGGGAGGGAGGAAGCAGCAUCGGAAACAAAGGUGGCUCCUGCGGAAGUAUCAGCAAACUCACUCCAGAAGCUAAGAAAGAGCUAACCAGGCGUUACAUCUCAAAGGAAAAUUAAUCUGAUUUAAAAGGGUUCUAAGCUAAGAGGUAAGUAAGCUAUUGUCAACAGUCAAGUAAAUUAGUUGUUAACAGAAUCACUGGUUCAAUAUUUUAUAUGAGAAACACAUUAAAAUUCUAUUAACCAAAUAAUGACUGUAUGGAUGCACACUGUUUUUGCCUUUUAAUCUGUAACCAGUACCCUACACCAGGCUUUGUGCACAUUGCAUAAGCCCUUUAAUAAAUGCAUGGGCAGCUUUUAUCAUCCUACGAAGACUAGACAAGUGCGGUAAAGACAUGGCACCCACAGUGUGCACCAGAGCACCCACAGCAACCUGAGGAUUGCUAGAGGCCCACUGAGAGCUCAGGUCACACUUCCCACAGAAAGGAGAACGGUCACUGGUCAGCCUGCUCUAUCUGUUUUAGGGAAAAGGAAGAUGGGGAGAGGGAUCAGGUUGGUUCUAGUUCUUAGAUUUCAAUUUCACAGUUACUUAAAUGUUUUUUACCUAACAACGAGCGUGGUUAAAUAAAGUGUGAACUUGCCUGUCUGGUCAUGUCUCUGACUCUACCCUCUGUGCCUGUAGCCCUUCCCCAGGAUACUCUGAGCUCGUUAUCUGCCUGCAGGAUCCUGAACAGGCCUUUUACCUCAUCACUAAUCACGGCUACAGGCAUGGCACACAGAAAUGGAAGCCCUAAAGAUAGGGCAUGGUGAGGGCCAAGAAGGGUCACAGGAAGAAGGGGCCCAAACAGAAUGCCCUGCCUUCACUACCAUCCUGCUAUCCAGUCUCAUCCAGACUCAAAGACAACAGGACAGACCUACAGGUGCUUUAAUAUGCAAAUUUCAAAGCAACAGACCUCACAUUUCAUCCAACUGAUAAAAAUAUUCAAGGAAGCAGGAUACUUUUUUUGGGUCCACUAAGUUUUUAUCUUAAUAAUCUUGUGACGCCCAAAACAUAAUCACUGAAAAACCUGAACAUGUAGUACCUCACUCUCCUUUUCAAGUAAUGAAAUCUGAAACUAUACACAGAGAGGUUAAAGACUGCUGUCCAGCAAUGAGUUCCUGUUUACGGUCCUGGGAAAACUGGCAAGGCUUCUGGGUGAUGGGUGUACAAUAUGACUAAUGUUAUUGCUAUUUCUAAAUUGUACACCUGAAAAAUGCUGAAUUGGCAAAUGUGUUUUACAUACAUACAUAUUUUUACAACCAUUAAAAAAAACUGCUUUCUAGUAUCCAAUUUAGCCAGUAUCAUAUUUCUUCAAAAAAGAGGUUUUCUGAGUAUUCCCAGCCAUUAAGACUUCCGGGGCUGUCACCUGGAAUGUUCAGUACGGCACUGCAGCCACACCCCUGUCUUACCGAAGGUUUCUUUUGCUAAUUCAAGGUCUGACUCUUCCUGUAAUUUCUUUAGUCGCAGUUUAUCUGCUAAUUGUUCUUCUGGUGUUAGCACUUUAGGUUCUUCAGGUUCUUCUAACUAAAAUGAGACAGACAAAAAAUUUUAAAAGGGCUGUAAUUACGGUGGACCCAGAGCAUUUCUGUAUUUUACAGAUUUUUAAUUUAUUAGCACAUAUAAAUAAUAGCAGACACUGAAGGGAUGACUGCAUUUCAAGCUUUCUUCUAAACAAUUCGGAUAUAAGCCUCAUGUGAACUAAUGAGGUAGAUACUAUUAGCCCCAUUUUACAGAUUAAAAAACUGAGGCACAAAAAGAGGUUAAGUAACCUGCUCAAGGUAACAAAAGGUAAUACCAUGGGUAACGCAGCAGAGCUGAGAUCUGAACCCAAGAAGACUGGGUUUAUUUCUGUAGCUUUAUAUACAUACAUACAUAUAUAUAUAUAUAUAAGGAACUAUAAUUUUCAGUAAGGUGAAAAUGGUACUCUCAUAUACUGCUGACAAGACAGUAAAUUGAUAACCAGGUAUCAAGUCUAAAAAUGUUUUUAUAUGCUUUGACCCAAUAAUUCCACUUUUAGGUGUCUAUAUUAAGAAACCAAAGAUGCACACAAAUAUUUUUGUAUAGGAUGUCAACUGGAAUAUUACUUAUAAUUUCAAAUAAACUAAAGACAACCUAAAUGUCCAAAUGGAAUGGUUAAAUAAAUUAUGGCCAAAAAAAAAAAAAAAAAAAA